AUGGCUCCCUUAAUCUCUGCAAAAGGCGCUCUCGUCCUCGGGGUGCUAUUCGCGUCCGCGCUUCUCACUCUCGCCGACCGACCGAAAUGCGUGCUCUACUCGAACUGGGGCGUGACGGACAGCCAGCAGACGCAGGCGAAGAAGAACGGCAAAUCCACCAAGUCGCUUCCCAGUGGCAAACUUACCAUCAAGGAAUUCAAGGGCAGCUCCGAUGAGUCGUUCGACCUGCAGGUGACUGCCGAGGUGACGGAGCUCCCGGAGCCGCCCGUGGGAAUCGUGAUCGGCAAGGGCAAGUUCGGCAGCAACACGGGCGUCUCGUGGUACAUUAACAAGCCCUGGAGCGGCAGCAGCGGCUCGUACAAGCUCGACUUCAAGCUGACUGGCAUUGAGAAGCUCGCGCCGCGUGGCGGCAGCGGCACGAUUCUGGAGAGUGGGAGCGGCGUGGCGAGUGAGUCCUCGCGCGGGGCUAUGGCGAGCGUCAACCCCAUAUCCCUCGCAGGACCCUCGCCGCAGGACGUUCAACGGACCAAGGAGCUAGAGAAGUUUCUAGUGGAUGCGGGGUUGUACGAGAGCCAAGACGAGGCCAUCCUGCGCGAGGAGGUUCUCGGCCGCCUCGACGAGAUAGUGAAGGUGUGGGUGAAGAGCGUGAGUCGGCGCAAGGGCUUUAACGACCAGUUCGUCGCCGACGCCAACGCCAAGAUCUUCACCUUCGGCUCCUACCGCCUCGGGGUGCACGGUCCAGGCGCCGAUAUCGACACGCUCUGUGUGGGCCCGCGUCACGCCACCAGGGAGGAGGACUUUUUUGGCGAGCUACACGACAUGCUCGCACAGCUGGGGGAGGUGACGGAGCUGCACUCUGUACCUGAUGCACACGUGCCUGUGAUGAAGUUCAAGUUCCGCGGCAUCUCCAUCGACCUGCUCUACGCGCAGCUCGCGCACACUGUGGUUCCGGAGGAUCUGGAUCUCUCAGAGGAGGCGAUACUGCAGAACGUGGACGAGUGGACUCAGCGCUCGCUCAACGGGUGCCGCGUCACGGAUCAAAUUCUCAAGCUCGUGCCAAAUAUUGAGACGUUCCGACUGACCCUGAGGUGCAUGAAGCAUUGGGCCAAGAAGCGAGGCGUCUAUUCCAACCCCCCCUCCCCCACCCCGCGUUCUUCCCAUCCUCAUCUUCCCCGUCCCCCCGUGCAGGUCGCGGGUUUCCUAGGCGGCGUGAACUGGGCGAUCCUAGUGGGGCGUGCCGCGCAUGGGUUCCUUCUCCCCUCACUUCCCACUCCGCCCUCUCACUUCCCACUCCGCCCUCUCACUUCCCCCACUCCGCCCUCUCACUUCCCCCACUCCGCCCUCUCACUUCCCCCACUCCGCCCUCUCACUUCCCCCACUCCGCCCUCUCACUUCCCCCACUCUUCCCCAAAACAGGUCGCGGGGUUCCUAGACGGGGUGAACUGGGCGGGUGUGCUAGCUCUAUCUCAACCUCCCUCCUCUCCCCUCCCCUGUCCCCCUUUCACCCUCCUCCACCGCCCUCUGUGCCCCUCCCCUCCCCUCCUCCUCUUACCCCCUCUCCCAGGGAGGGUGUGUCAGCUCUACCCCAAUGCGACCCCCUCCAUGCUGGUUGCUCGCUUCUUCCGCUUCUACACGCUCUGGCAGUGGCCGUUGCCCAUCAUGCUCACCGACAUCAACCUCCCUUUCCCCCCUUCCUCACCUCAUCCCCUCUUUCAGGUGGCUGGGUUUUUAGGAGGCGUGAACUGGGCGAUAUUGGCGGGCCGCGUGUGUCAACUCUACCCCAAUGCCGCGCCAUCAAUGCUAGUCGCUCGCUUCUUCCGCUUCUACACGCUCUGGCAAUGGCCGCUGCCCAUCAUGCUCACAGACAUUGACCACGGCGCCAUGGGCUUUAACUUCCCCAUCUGGGACCCGAGAAGGAACCCCCGCGACGCGCUGCAUUUGAUGCCGAUUAUCACGCCCGCGUAUCCGUGCAUGAACAGCAGCUAUAAUGUCUCGGAAAGCACGCUGAGAGUUAUGAAGGAUGAGUUUCGGCGCGGGAAGGAGAUUUGCGAUCGGAUUGAGGGGGCGGUGGGGGGUGGUGGGGCGGGGGGAGCGGGGGGAGCAGCGGGGGGAGCGGGGGGAGCGGGCGGAGGGGGGGCGGGGGAGCAGAGGGCGGAGUGGGUGGAGUUGUUUGAGCCGUUUGCAUUCUUUGAGGCAUACAACCACUACCUUCAGAUCGACAUCAGCGCUGCCAGUGAUGCCGACAUGCUCAAAUGGAAAGGAUGGGUGGAGUCAAGGCUCCGCACCCUUGUCACCAGGAUCGAGCGGCACACAGAUGGGUUGCUGCAGUGCCACCCGCACGUGUGUGAGAUUCACGACCCGGCCCGCUCCUACCCGCACUGCCUCUUCUACAUGGGCCUCCAGCGCCGCGCCACCCCCACCCCCACCCCCACCACCCCCGGCACCCCCGGCGCCGAAGAGAACGGGGGCGCUGGUGCUGCCGGUGGGGGAGCGCGGGAGUUUGACAUUCGGUAUACUGUGGACGAUUUCAAGAGUACGGUGGAGAGCUUUCAGAUGUGGCGCGAGGGCAUGGGGAUAGAUGUGCUUUAUUUGAAGCGCAAGCAGCUGCCUCUGUUUGUCUUCCCGGGGGGUGUGAAGCCGCGACGGGCGUCGCGAGGAGGGAAGGGGUCGGGGAAAAAGGAGAAGGGUGCUGGGGGGGGUGUGUCGCCUGGGAAUGCAGCAGAAGGCGAGGGGGCGGGGAGAGGGGCGGGUGGAGGGGGAGCAGAGGCGCUGCAGGCAGGAGCGGCAGUCAAUGGCAGUCUAGACGAACUGGAGGUGGCGUUUGCUUGCUGUGGUGUCAAUGUUGCUGCGUGCUGUCAUGUUUCCUUCUGCGGUGGUGCUUUGAAACUUUUCGAUUCCACUUUCUUUCAGCCAUCGCCGCCUUGUGCUGCACUCCUCUGGCCAUCCCUCCCCGCUAUUGCCACCCCUCCCCUUUUCCCUCUUUCCCUCUUCUCCCCCUCCCCGCCUUUCCCCACUGCCCUCCCACUGCCCUCCCACUGCCCUCCCACUGCCAUCCCACUGCCAUCCCGCACCCAUCCAGCAGGCGGUGCUGCCAGCAUCAGCGCAUGCGGGCAUGAGGCAGGAGGCACGGCCUCGACCCACUCUCAAGCUUGGCUGGCCGAGUGGCGAGAACCUGAGGCAGCAGCGGUAGCGGCAGCAGGGACUUCUGUGAUGGUUCCGCGUGGUGGUGUUCCUUACACCUACCAUGUCGCGCGAGUGGCGAAGAUGCUUGGCGACGAGUUCGGGACGGCGUCGAACAUUAAGAAUCGCGUGAACCGGCAGUCCGUGUUGGGCGCUAUCACGUCCGCGCAACAACGACUUAAGCUCUACAACAAGGUCCCUCCGAACGGCCUGGUGCUAUACACGGGCACGAUCGUGACGGACGACGGCAAGGAAAAGAAGGUAACGAUCGACUUCGAGCCGUUCAAGCCCAUCAACGCGUCGCUCUACCUCUGCGACAACAAAUUCCACACCGAGGCUUUAAACGAGCUGCUCGAAUCCGACGAGAAGUUCGGCUUUAUUGUGAUGGACGGCAACGGCGCGCUCUUCGGCACGCUCUCGGGCAACACGCGCGAGGUGCUGCAUAAAUUCACGGUGGAUUUGCCCAAGAAGCACGGGCGCGGCGGGCAGUCCGCGCUGCGGUUCGCGCGGCUGCGCAUGGAGAAGCGGCACAACUACGUGCGCAAGACGGCGGAGCUGGCGGUGCAGUUCUUUAUCAACCCGCAGACGUCGCAGAUCAACGUGUCGGGAUUGGUGCUCGCGGGCGCUGCGGAGUUCAAAACGGAGCUGAGUCAGUCCGAUAUGUUCGACCAGCGGCUGCAGUCCAAAAUUCUCAACGUGGUGGACGUGUCGUACGGAGGGGAGAACGGGUUCAGCCAGGCCAUCGAGCUCAGCGCCGAGCUGCUCGCAAACGUCAAAUUCAUCCAGGAGAAGCGGCUGAUUGGUCGGUACUUCGACGAGAUCAGCCAGGACACGGGCAAGUACGUGUUUGGAGUGGACGACACACUCAAGGCGCUCGAGAUGGGCGCCGUGGAGAUCCUCAUCGUGUGGGAGAACCUUGAUGUCAACCGGUACACUCUUAAGAACGCAGUGACAGGCGAGAUUGUUAUCAAGAAUUUGAGCAAGGAGCAGGAGGCAGACCAGAGCAACUUCAGAGACGCCGAGACAGGGGCCGAGCUGGAGGUGCAGGAGAAGACGUCCCUGCUGGAGUGGUUUGCAGAGGGGUACAAGAAGUUUGGGUGCACGCUGGAGUUUGUGACCAACAAGAGCCAGGAGGGCUCGCAGUUCUGCCGAGGGUUUGGCGGCAUCGGCGGGAUACUGAGGUAUCAGCUGGACAUGAGAACGUUUGACGAGGCCAGUGAUGACGACGCUGUUUAUGAUGAUGACUCGGAUUAG